AGGGAGGGUGGAACAGAGGUGGAGAGAUUCAGACAGCAUAGCCCUCACUGGGUAGACAGCAUCGCUCCGAAACGCACUCACGAGCAAACAAAAAGAGGCUAAACACAUCAGAAUACUUUAAGACGAUAACAGAACACAGUCCUUCAGCAGAGAUGGGGCCUGGAUUGUUCUGGAACUUCCCAUCCAAGACUAGCUGCACGGUUCCACAGAGCCUGCUGCAGACAAUGUUGCUCUCCAGGAUGGCUGGCAUGAAGGAUCAGCAGUUCACUGAAGAGAAACCGCUACUGCCAGAAUCCAGGGGACAGGAAACAGAGAUGGCCAAAGGACAGUGUGUGCACGCGCUGCCCUGUGCUACACCCUCCCCCCCCACGGCUCGCCCCCCAAAACGCUGGCAUGCCAUCGCUCAACACUGGCUCGGCCUGACGCGCCGUCGGACCAGCGGGUACUUCCCGGAAAACUGUGAGACCUUUGUGGCAGAAGGAGACUGGAAGGAACAUGACAUUGAAACCCCUUAUGGGAUGUUGCAUGUGGUGAUCCGCGGGGCUCCCAAGGGAAACAAGCCAGCUAUCCUGACCUACCAUGAUGUUGGGCUCAACCACAAGCUGUGCUUCAACACCUUCUUCCACAAUGAAGACAUGCAGGAGAUCACUAAGCAUUUUGUGGUGUGCCACGUAGAUGCCCCUGGCCAGCACAUUGGUGCCCCUCAGAUGCCACAAGGGUAUCAGUAUCCCACCAUGGAUCAGCUAGCUGGGAUGCUUCCUAGUGUGGUGCAACACUUCGGCUUCAAGAGCAUUGUUGGAAUUGGAGUGGGGGCUGGUGCCUACAUCCUAGCCAAAUUUGCGCUGAUUUUCCCUGAUCUUGUGGAGGGUCUGGUUCUACUCAACAUUGACCCCAAUGGGAAAGGAUGGAUCGACUGGGCCGCCACAAAAUUGUCAGGACUCACCAGUACUUUACCAGACACUGUCCUGGCCCACCUCUUCAGCCAGGAAGAGCUUAUGAGCAACACAGAAGUGGUCCAGACUUACCGCCAACAGAUCAACAACACCAUCAACCAAUUCAACCUGCAGCUCUUCUGGAACAUGUACAACAGCCGCAGGGAUUUGGAAAUGAACCGCAGUGGCUCUGUGCUAAAUGCUAAGACCCUGAGGUGCCCAGUCAUGCUGGUCGUAGGUGACAAUGCUCCAGCUGAGGAAGGCGUGGUUGAGUGCAACUCUAAACUGGAUCCAACCAACACCACAUUCCUAAAGAUGGCUGAUUCCGGUGGAAUGCCUCAGAUUACACAGCCUGGAAAACUCACAGAGGCGUUCAAGUACUUCCUGCAGGGAAUGGGUUACAUUGCUUAUAUGAAGGAUCGGAGAAUGAGUGGGGGGCCAGUGCCUUCGGCCAGUAUGACCCGUCUUGUUCGCUCGCGAACGGCCUCUCUGACCAGCGGCGGCUCUGUGGAUGGUUCUCGUAACCGCGCAUGCACACACUCAGACAGCACUGAGGGCGUCGGGCAGGUCAGCCACACCAUGGAAGUGUCCUGCUGAACACUCUUGCACUGUCUCACACGCACACAUUUAGAGAGUCGUGGCAUGGAAGGAGGGCGUGAGAAGAAUGGAGGUCUCAUAUUGCUUUCAUUCUUUCUUUCUCAGCCAUUUUCUAUGUCAUUUUCUCUCAGUUUUUUAGUGUUAGCCAUCUUAAAGGAAUAGCCGACUCAAAAAAAAAAAAAAAUGCCAUAAUUUACUCAACCGGAUGUCUUUAGAAACCCAUAUGACUUAAUUUCUUCUGUAGAACACAAAAUGAGAUGAAUAAAGUCCAAGCAGCUAUUUCCCAUAUAAUUAAAGUGAAUGGUGACCACAACUGAAUUUCAGUCGAUAACUACAUGUGUGUGUGUGUGUGUGUGUGUGUGUGGAUUAGCUUUAGAAGACCUGAAAUGUCAUGCACAGGUCAUGUAAACCACUUUUAUUAUACCUGAGCAUGAUGCCUCUUGGUCCCCAUCCACUUCCAUGUUAUGGAAGAGAGCUGCUUGGACAUUCUGCUGAACAUCUUUUGUGCUCUACAGAAGAAAUAAAGCCAUACAGGUUUAGAAGAACUCUAGUAUGAGGUUUUCUUUUCGAGCAGAAUUAUUCCUUUAACCUGUAAAAUGCUGUCCUUUUUUUCCCUUCAAUACAGUGUUUAGUUUCCCCCCAACUUUGUAACGCGGUUACUUAACGCUCUAUGUGUCAGUAUUCUGCACCCUUUGCUUGCUGCCUCUGGCCUUCAGCUCCUCCUAAGACAAAACUACAAGUCCCAUCAGCCCCUGCUCUCACUCAUUCUUUGAGGAGAAACUGAUUGAUUGGGUCGCAGUUAGAAGGGGUUGGUCUUGAGGAACAGCAUAAAGCAAAGUAAAAGAAAGAAGAAAGGAGGGUUCUUAAACCAGAGUGCUUUAAAAGUUACAUUUGUAGCUCUCCCUCUCAAUUUUGAGUGAAAGCAAAGUGAUUGUAUAUAGGCGAAGAGGGCAAAAAUCUCUUAACCAGUAAACAGUGGCUUUCAGCUAAUCAUCUCAGCUCAUUCAGUCAUUGGGAGUGUAUGUAUCACCACGUACUGUAAGAAAGAAUCAAUUUCUGAUAGUUUUUUAGCAUUAUUUGAUAUCAUGAUUGGUUUUCUAAUUUAAAAUGUUAUUAAAGCAUGAAAAAUGCUUUAAACUGUUUUUCUCCAUUAAAGCAGGAUCAGAAGUAUGACUUGACUUGCCUUAAAAGGUAUUUUUUUCAUGUUAGCUUCAUUUCACCAUUCCUUUAACAUUACGCACUAAUACAAUCAAGUGCUCUUUCAAAUCAAGUCUCACUUCGUUAAAUACGACAUACCUAGUACCCUUUUACCCACUCUCUGUCAUAUGAAAGCGGCUUUGCCUGGGAUCGGUUCUGUACGGUCUCCUUUUUAUAGACAAUCAGCUUCUGACCCAAACCAAACCGGAACCGUCGACUGAGGCAGAGCCUGUGUGAUAGAGUUUGCAGGUCGUUAGCGGUACAGAAUUACAGCUUCAAGCUUCCUUUACAGCACCCAGCCCCGCUACAAGAAUAUACCAAAGCUACUGAUACAAAUGCACACACAAAUGCACACAUACACAUUUCGCAAUGAGGGCUGGGUUCUGCAGGGUAACAGAGCUUUUGGGUCCAUAUAUACUGUAUAUACACACACACACAAACAGGCACGCACACAAUUCAUGUACUCACAUUUACAUUUACAUUUAGUCAUUUUGCAGAUGCUUUGAUCCAAAGCGACUUACAAUUGGGGGAUGCAUAAAGCACAUUACUUGCAUGCCACUUACAUAUAACCGACACUGAAAGAUUCAUAAGCAUUACAAUUGAUCCAUAAUCAGUGCAUGCUUAUUUCAUAAUUUACUAUAGAUCUGUAGAUUCAGAUUUACUUAUUAUAUGUGACCCUUGUCACAUUUCCAAAUGUUCAUCAUAGUUUGAUACAUUUGAUAGUAAAUGGACACAAAAAAUAUUGUUUGUGUUCCCAUUUGCACCAAUAACAAAAAAAAAAACAAAAAAAAAAAAACAACACAGACCAAAACAAUAGUGUUUUUAUGACUUUACAAAUGUAGAAAAAAUGAAGAGACUGAUUAUGGUGUUUGAUGUCACUCCCUUUUCACUUCCCUUUUUGUUAGAAAUACCUACAUAGCAGCAGCUAUCAGGUAAUAUACAAAGUAUGGUGUUAUAUUUAAAAAAAAUUCUAGAUUUGCAAUUUUAUUAACUGGAAACAUGUCAUCAAAGUCUGUGAAAUAACAUGUGUGGUUUGUCUACAUAAAUCAUUCGAUUUUUCCAGUCUGAAAAAUCUAUUGAUUUAUGUACACAAACUGCACAGAAUUUUGAGAGAAAAACCCCACCUACACAACUGCACAAAUAAAAUAAAUAAAUGAACGAAUGAAUGAAUGUACAAAUGAGCAAACGAAUGAAUGAGCCAACAAACAAGUAAAAGAAAUAAUGAACAAAUUAUUUGAAUCAAGGUCCAGAGAUGACUGACAUGAGCUGAGAUCUGAUUGGCCGAUGCAGUUAACAUGGGACUUAUGAGGGCGGAGCAACCGUUGACUUUCCAUUCCACACUCACGCUUUUCUGUCUUACUGAAUGUCAUUUUUUCUGCGACAAUUACGACUUUUCAGGGGUGUUUCCUGCAUGUUUGUCUGUAAGGGGCGGGGCUUUCUGGAGCAUGUAGCUCCAAGCUCAGAAUGUAGGGCAAAUCCCACCCCAACAAACCCAACCCCCAAAACACAAGGUGCCCCGCCCCUCACAGACACUUCCAGUCGCCCCUUAAGGGCUAUCGACCCAGGCAAAGCAUCGUGAUCAACCUCACUCCGUGCAAAGCUGGGCGCAGUACUGUAGAUACUGUACAAAGAGAAAAACGAAUGCGUGAUAUGGAAUAAACAGUGAAUGUGACAGAGAAAAGAGAGGGAGAGGAGGAGCGAAAGGAUGGUGUUCAAAGCAGGAGGGUGAAAGUCAAACACAAAAUAUUGACGGGUUUCCUCCUAAAGACUGAAUGGACAAGCACUCGUUCUUCCCCAGUAUUGAUUUGCAUGAGUUUUGAUAAUGCAACCUUGUGUUUGUGUCGUUUUUCUUGAUUUCCUGUCUGAAGUAUGCAGUCGUUAGCUCUUAUUAAGAAAUAAAGAGCAUGCCCACCUUUCAAAGGUGUACUUUUUCCUGAUCCCUGAUCUCUGCCUGGGGGCCCUGAAUGUAUAAUGUCCUUUGGAAGUGCUGUACAGUAUUGUCAAUGUGGCCCCAUAUCACCUUUUCUUAAAUCAGGGCUCACACCAGUUUGACCUGCCACAUCUGCCUUCCCUUGCACCCUUUUCCUUCUCAAUCUAUGUUCUAUGCUGUAGAUAUUCGCU